AUGGCGGCGGCUGCGGCGAGUGGCUUCGUGAAUUCAAUUGCAUUGUCGGAAUCGAAAUUGGGGGUGGACAUUGCUGUUUCUUUAUUGGGCUUUAAUCAUUUCUCCAGUUCUAAUCACUUAUCAUCAUCAUCAUCUUCUUCUUCUUCGUUAGCUUGUUUUCCUUCUCGAACUCGAUUCCUAAGCAACGUUUUGAAGGUUAAUCGCGGAAGGAAAUCGUUAAACCCUAGAUGCGAGGCUGUAGAAGGGAUUGGAUCCAGGCCCUCCCCCCUUUCGGCUUUGGAGCUCCUUAAGACAUCUGCCGCCGAUCGGUAUACGAAAGAAAGCAGCAGUCUUAUGGUUAUAGGGAUAAACUUUCGGACUACCCCUAUCGAGAUAAGAGAGAAACUAUCCAUUCCAGAAGCUCAAUGGCCUCAAGCAAUCAGCGAACUGUGUGGCUUAAAUCAUAUAGAUGAAGCUGCUGUUCUCAGCACUUGUAACAGAAUGGAAAUAUAUGUUGUGGCUUUGUCUCAGCAUCGAGGAGUCAAAGAAGUGAUAGAGUGGAUGUCUAAGAGAAGUGGAGUUCCUGUUUCAGAACUUUGCGAGCAUCGCUUUUUGCUGUAUAACAAGGAUGCUACACGGCAUUUGUUUGAAGUAUCUUCUGGCCUUGAUUCACUUGUUCUUGGAGAAGGCCAAAUCCUGGCGCAAGUGAGGCAGGUGGUUAAAUCGGGGGAGGGUGACCCUGGGUUUGGCAGGAAAAUUAGUGGGUUGUUCAAACAUGCUAUUACAGCAGGAAAGAGAGUCAGAACUGAAACAAGUAUCUCAACUGGGUCAGUGUCAGUUAGUUCGGCUGCUGUGGAUCUUGCUCAGGUGAAGCUUCCACAGUUUUCGUAUGCAACUGCCAGAGUGUUGGUUGUUGGAGCUGGUAAAAUGGGGAAACUUGUGAUCAAACACCUCAUUGCCAAAGGUUGCACAAAAAUGGUGGUAGUCAACAGAACUGAGGAUAAGGUGGCAGCCAUUAGGGAAGAGUUUAGGGAUGUCGAGAUAAUAUACAGAUCUUUGGAAGAAAUGUAUACAUGUGCGUCUGAAGCUGAUGUUAUAUUUACUUGUACAGCCUCAGAUGAACCAUUGUUUCUGAAAAAGCAUGUUCAGAUGCUUCCCCCUGUGAGCUCGAAUGUUGGAGGGCAUAGGCUAUUUAUUGACAUAUCUGUUCCUCGAAAUGUGGGAUCAUGUGUCUCAGAUGUAGAUACUGCACAUGUCUAUAAUGUAGAUGAUUUAAAGGAAGUUGUGGCGGCAACCAAAGAGGACAGGUUGCAGAAAGCUUUAGAAGCUCAGUCAAUUAUUUGGGAGGAAGUUACAAAAUUUGAGGCCUGGAAGGAUUCCCUCGAGACUGUUCCAACCAUUAAAAAGCUUAGGGCCUAUGCUGAAAGAAUCCGGGCUGCAGAGCUUGAUAAGUGUAUGUCGAAAAUGGGUGAUAAUAUGUCAAAGAGCCAAAAGAAAGCUAUUUAUGAUCUGAGUAUGGGAAUAAUUAACAAGCUUCUUCAUGGACCGAUGGAGCAUUUGAGGUGUAGCGGCACUGAUAACCGGCCCCUUGGAGAGAUUCUUGAUAACAUGCACGCUCUUAACAGAAUAUUUAGCCUUGAUACAGAGAUUUCUGUUUUGGAAGAGAAGAUACGGAGCAAAAUGGGUAAAGGCCAGAAGUAA